AUGGCGACGGAGAUCUCGUCGGAUCUGAUCAACCAACUUAAACUCUCUCUUCGUAAGAAUACCAAGCUCUCCUCCUCUUUGGAUUCCUCUUCCGCAAGCCUCCCCACAGCUCCGGAGGCAAUCGCGGAGCUCGAUGCUGCUUCACCUCCUUACCUCCGAUGCGGAAACUGUAAAGGAAAGCUUCUGCGAGGGAUCGAGUCUCUGAUCUGCGUCUUCUGCGGAAAUCAGCAACGGACUAGCGAUAACGCUCGUCCUGAUCCGAUCAAGUUCACAUCCACUUCCGCUUACAAAUGGUUUUUAACCUCUCUUCAAUUAGAUGGAUCGGAGAUGGUGGAGCCACUAGAGGAAACGAAUGGAUUAAGUAGAGGAGGAGGUAAGGUAGCUGUUGUGAAAGGAAUUGCUGUGUCUGAGUUUCUUGAUUUGGAAGUAAAGUGGUGUGCAAGGGAUGAAACGAGUGAUGAAGUAUCCGUGCAGAAGAAAAGUCCUUUGAAUUUAGGAGGAAUCAGUCUUGUUGAUUAUUUCGUUGAAGAAAGAGGAGAUUUUUCUAAAGUGGAUACAGCAGAAGAGAGCAAAGAGGUGGAGGAUGAUGAUUUUAAAGAUCCACGUAGUCUGAGCUUGUUUGAUAGUGUCAAGAGACAAGGAGUUGUGAAUGAAAAUGUUGGUUUGGUUAAGGGAAAAGUUUCGUCUCAAGGACAUGAGAGUCUUAGUUUGUUUGCGGGACGAGAUGGACAGGAUAGUGUUUCUUUGGCAGAGCAGGGAAAUUUUGGGUUCUUUGAGGGAAAAGUUUUUGAGAACUCUUUUAAAAAGGAUGAAAAUCUUAGUCUGUUUGAUGGGAAAGAUGCUCCGGGAGCUAGUUCUUCUACAAAAGAUGAUAGUUUUGGUUUCUUUGAGGGUAAAGAUGUUCAGAGAACAAGUUCCUCUAAAGAAGGUGAGAGUUUUGGUUUCUUUGAGGGUAAAGAUGUUCAGAGAAAUAGUGUUUCGAAAGAGGAUGAGAGUUUUGGUUUCUUUGAGAGUAAAGAUGCUCUGAGAAAUAGUGUUUCGAAAGAGGAUGAGAGUUUUGGUUUCUUUGAGAGUAAAGAUGCUCUGAGAAAUAGUGUUUCGAAAGAGGAUGAGAGUUUUGGUUUUUUUGAGGGUAAAGAUGCUCAGAGAAAUAGUGUUUCGAAAGAGGAUGGCAAUCUUGGUUUGUUCGAGGGUAAAGAUGGUCAGAGAAACAGUUCUUCUAAAGAAGAUGAGAGUUUUGGUUUGUUUGAGAGAGCACCAUUGUCAAAUGAUGGCCUCAAGUCUUUUGAUGACAAGGUUGUUGCCUCGUCUUCUGAUUGGGAUUCUGACUUUCAAUCUGUCUCCCAGGAAAAGAUUAGUGGCGAUCCGUUUGUAAGUUCUCCGGCUGAUUUAUCUGCUCAUAUGGAUUCUGUCUUUGGUUCCGGAAAAGAUUUAUUCUAUGAAAAACCAGCAAAUUCUUCAACUGCUUAUGUUUCCAAUGCUGGUGAUUGGCUGCAAGAUGAUUUGUUUGGUAAUGUUACUGGCAAGUCUCAAAACAACGACCCUGUUGUCCAUGAUAAGAAUGAGGGACAAGUUGUGGGCGGAAAUGGAAGUUCAUCCAUGGAUAUUGAUUGGAUUGGAGAUGAUCUAUGGCAAACCAGUGAAAAGAAAGCCAUUGAGAAGACACCUACGGAUGAUAAUGAUGAUGACGAUGACUGGAAUGAUUUUGCAAGCUCAGCUAACCCCAAGACUACUCCUAGUAAUCUGAUUUCGAGAACCAUGGAAAGUCCUCUAGAGGACACAUUUGAUGGGAUGUCACAUGUUAAAGAAGAGAGCAAAUACGAGAACCAGAAUACUGGUACAAACAUGAUAUCUGACAUAGCCAAAGGCCAAGAAGAUGAUCUCUUCGGAACUUGGGAUAGUUUCACAUCCUCAACCGUUUUGCAGCCUCCCACAGACCAUGUGAAUCCAUCUGCUGAGCAAAAUCAGGGAAUGAACUUGUUCGGGGAAAGUGACAAUCAGAGAGACCUUGAGUCUGAUUUCUUUUCGGAAAGUAUUGGAGGCCAAACCUAUUCAGAGGAAGUCAAAGCCAUGCCUUCAGAGAGAACGAGUGAUCCUGAUGGUCAAGGUCAAGAUAAAGUAGGCACAACAACAAUAUAUCCCAAGUCAAAGAGUGAUAUUGCAGAGGAGCUAAUGUCACAGAUGCAUGAUCUCUCGUUUAUGCUGGAGUCCAAACUAUCUGUACCUCCAAUCUCCAAGGCAGAGUAAUAUUAUGACAGUCUACUAUCUCUCUUUCGCCUCCUGUUUUUCUUGAGGCUCGAAGAUUGUUUGUAAUCACUUAUAUGUUUCAUUUUUAGUAACUCAAAAGAUCCAUCUUGCUUGCAUUAUAGCCAACAAAUGGUGUUACUCUAAUCUAAGAAGGUGAAAAUCUUUUGUAUUAAAAAAAAGAAGGUG